CUUACUACAACAAGACCAGAUAUCACUUAUGUGGUACAGCAGCUAUAUCAUUAUCAAAAGGAACCCACAGAUCAACAUAUGCAAGCUGUGCAGCAUGUUUUCAGGUAUCUCAAAAGCAAACCAACACAAGGUCUGGUGUUCAAAACCAAUUCUUCAUUACAACUAAAGGGGUAUUCAGAUGCUGAUUGGGUAGCUUGCCCAGAUACAAGGAAAUCACUCACUGGUUACUGCACUUUUCUUGGAGACUCACUCAUUACAUGGAGAACUAAGAAACAACAAACUGUAUCCAGGUCCUCUUCUGAGGCAGAGUACAUGUCACUUGCAAUGCUUUCAUGUGAGAUGGUGUGGUUGAAGCAGCUGCUAUUGAAAAUGGGGAUAGAUCAUACAUCACCAGCAGCUUUGUUUUGUGACAAUCAAUCUGCAAUUCACAUUGCACACAAUCCAGUAUUCCAUGAAAGGAUAAAACACAUUGAAGUGGAUUGUCACCUGAUUCGUCAACACAUUUUGGACAAAAUUGUUAUAGUCACUCACGUCAGAUCUGAGCUUCAACUUGCAGAUACUUUUACCAAGGCGCUGAGUCGACAUCGUCUUCACUUUCCUCUUGACAAGCUUGGAGUAGCAGAUGUCUAUGCUCCUCGGCUUGAGGGAGGGUAAGAAGAAGAAAGGAUUGACCCAGUUUUUGGAUUCUAGUUUCACGGGUCUAACCUGGAGAACCGGUCCUUAAAUUGUUGCUUGAAGAAGCACGCUUCGACACCGUUUCCUUCUCCAUGGUGUCGUUCCACUUACCAACAUACACACAGCACUUAGCCGAUGAUACUUAGGCAGUUGUACAGCUCCCAUUGGUCCAUUUUGAUUGUUAGUUUACUUUUACUGUUUAAUAGCCGUUGGUAGUUAAUUACAGUAGAUAGGGUUUCCUCUUUGCAGCCUACAUAAGCUGCUUGUAAAUGUUCUCUGAAUCAUCAAUGAAACUACAAGUUUCUC